GGCGGCGCGGCGGCCCCGGAGCGCGCGGGGGGCGCGGCGCGGGCCGAGCCGUGGGAGCUGUCCCUGGAGGAGGUGCUGAAGGUGUACGAGCAGCCCAUCAACGAAGAGCAGGCCUGGGCCGUGUGCUUCCAGGGCUGCCGCGGGCUCCGGGGUGCGCCGGGCGGGCGGCGCAUCCGCGACACGGCGGACAUCCUGCUGCGCAGGGACGGCUCGGUGGGCGCGCGGCGGGAGCCAGAACCCACAACCAUGGUGGUACCACCGUCCAGCUCGGAAGCCCAGAUGGUGCAGUCACUGGGCUUUGCCAUCUACCGUGCGCUGGACUGGGGGCUGGAUGAGAGCGAGGAGCGCGAGCUCAGCCCACAGCUGGAGCAGCUCAUCGACCUCAUGGCCAACAGCGACUGUGACGAGGGCGGCUGCAGCACGGCGGACGAGGGCUACGGGGGCCCUGAGGAGGAGGAGGAGGCGGCAGCCGAAGGUGUCCCCCGCGCUGUGCACACCUUCGCCCAGGCCAUGCGGCUGUGUGCAGCUCGCCUCACUGACCCCCGGGGUGCACAGGCCCACUACCAGGCCGUGUGCCGGGCCCUCUUUGUGGAAACCCUGGAGCUGCGCGCCUUCCUGGCCCGAGUCCGCGAGGCCAAGGAGAUGUUGAAGAGGCUGGGAGAGGAUGAGCCACAGACAGAGAAGCCACUGGCUGAGCUUGACAACCUUGGACACACAGACUGGGCCCGGUUGUGGGUGCAGCUCAUGCGGGAGCUUCGCCACGGGGUGAAGCUCAAGAAGGUGCAGGAGCAGGAGUUCAACCCCCUGCCCACCGAGUUCCAGCUCACACCCUUUGAGAUGCUGAUGCAGGACAUCCGGGCCAGGAAUUACAAGCUGCGCAAGGUCAUGGUGGAUGGGGACAUCCCUCCCAGGGUGAAGAAGGACGCACACGAGCUCAUCCUGGACUUCAUUCGCUCCCGGCCUCCCCUGAAGCAGGUCUCUAAGCGCCAGCUUCGCCCACUGCCGCAGAAGCAAAGGACCCUACAUGAGAGGAUUCUGGAGGAGAUCAAGCAGGAGCGCAGGCUGCGGCCCGUGGGGGCCCAGUGUUUGGGCACUCGGGGCUUUGGCUCCCUUCCCUGCAUCCUCAACGCCUGCUCUGGGGACGUCAAGUCCACUUCCUGCAUCAGUCUGUCUGUCACCGAUGUCGGGAGUGGCACUCAGCGCCCACGGCCCCGGGUCCUGCUCAAGGCACCCACACUGGCUGAGAUGGAGGAGAUGACUACCUCUGAGGAAGAGGAGUCUCCGUGUGGGGAGGCGACACUGAAGCGCGAUCGCUCCUUCUCAGAGCACGACCUGGCCCAGCUGCGGAGUGAGGCGGCCUCCAGCCUGCAGCCAGCUGCUCCGCCCCGGGAAGGGACAGCACCGCCCCGGCCACGGGCAGGCAGUGUGCACACCUGGAGGCCCAGCGCCUGGGACCAGGGCUCCUGUCCUGUGGGUGUCCAGCCCCGGUCUAAUCCCAGUGUCCCCGCGCUCAGCAGCCCGAGCUCUGCAGAUGGACCUGAAGCCCCCGCACCAGACCCCAGGCACCUCUGGCUGCUCAGAGACAAAAGACAAGUGAGGCUUAGGAAGAUCCACCCUCAAGCUCUGUGCCGGUCCUGGGAGGAGUUCAGCCACCCCGUAGAGAGCCUGGCCCUGACGGUGGAGGAGGUGGUAGACGUGCGCCGCGUGCUGGUGAAGGCUGAGAUGGAGAAGUUCGUCCAGGACAAGGAGCUCUUCAGCAGCCUGAAGCGGGGAAAGGUUUGCUGCUGCUGCCGGACCCGGUUCUCACUGUUCUCCUGGCCGCCCACAUGUCUCUUUUGCAAGAGAGCUGUCUGCACUUCCUGUAGCAUAAAGAUGAAGAUGCCUUCUAAGAAGUGUGCUCACAUCCCCGUCUACACGCUGGGCUUUGAGAGUCCUCAGAGGAUGCCCACGGCCACGAUGCCCACGGCCACGCCUUCGCAGAGGAGAGAGGUCUUCCAGUCUCUGCGAGGACCCCGGUGGCGAAGCGUAGAGCAGGAGUUCCCACACAUCUACGCGCACGGCUGCGUCCUGAAAGACGUCUGCAGUGACUGCACCAGCUUUGUGGCUGAUGUCGUUCGCUCCAGCCGAAGGAGCGUGGAUGCCCUCAACGCCACCCCACGCCGCAGCCGCCAGACCCAGUCCCUCUACCUCCCUGACACCAAGACUCUGGAUUUCCAGUGACUACGACCCAAGGCAGCCAGGCCUGCGCAUGUACAUAUAUACACAGACAGACGCCUUUCUAUAACAUAUGCACACAACCUAUAUAUUUAUAUGUUUUCUUGCCCUACUGCUCAUUUGGGGGUAGAUCCACUGCAGGACCCUCCCCUGGGAGGCUGUUCCUACUCAGGACUCCAAUGGAGCAGGGUGGGGGAUUCCAGACCCUGGAUCUCCAGCAGACUCUGACCAGGCCCCAGUUCUCUCCUGUGCAGGUCAGACCACAUGGCCACUUCUUUCCUGGAUAGGAGUCCGGGUCGGGUUGGGGAACCUGCCUGCCUCUACCUUUGUAUAGCGGCCCAAGGCACCUGGAAGCUCCUGGGUGGGUGGCACCCUGUGGGAGGUGUCCUGUGUCUCCAUCUGAGGGCAGAGGCUGAGCUUGGGCCCUGCCCCUGCCAGCACCCCUGCCACGCCACCCCUCCAGGCCUUCCCAUGCACUGGUGCUAUCCUCUCACCCACUGCAGGCCAGAGGGCCUGGGGAUGCCGGGGGGCAUAGCUCUGUAGUCAUGCCCACAGCCAUGUGAGCCUAAUAAAGAUGAUCUCGUGGUGACCAUCUGGGAACAAAGCCAGCCAUGGUGGGAAGCUGAAGCAGGAGGAUCCCAAGUUCUCUGAAGUUGAGGCUUGGCUCUGAGGGGCUGCCUACACCCAGGGCCAGAAAAGGCCCAUCAAAUAUGGCAUCCAAGCCCACUCCUGUCUACCAAGCCCGAGUCAGGCUACUUGGUGAACUAAGGCAGGAGGAUGCAAUUUUUUUUUUUUUUCUUUUCAGAACUGGGGAUUGAACUCAGGGCCUUGCGCUUGCCAGGCAAGCGCUUUUUCUACUGAGCUAUGUCCCCAGCGCUGAGGAUGCCAAGUUUGAAGCCUAUAUGGGCAACUUACAAAGACCCUGUUUUAAAAUAAAACUAUAAGGACUAGGAAUAUAGCUCAGCAGCAGAGUAUUUGUCUAGCACACACACAUAGAAGCCCGGGCAGCCUCUGCCAGCUGCCUAGCCCCAGUUAUCACAGUUAGUGCUGCACGUACAAUGGCUCAGGCUGUUCCCUGCUACCUCUGGCUGCACCUGCUGGCCUGGGUCCCCUUUUGGUCUGUUUUCUCAGUCCCCUAGUCCUGCUCUCCUGGGAGACGACCCAGCUGGUGUGCCCAGAAGACUGCAGGCCUUGGAUAGCCCCAGCACUGCGCACGCCACAGCUCACAUGCUCCACAAGGGGUGUUCUGCAUUACUCCUGGUGGGUGAGGAAACUGAAGCUCAGUGCGGGAAGUUGACUCCAGACUUUACUCCUGCCCUCGGGGUUCGAGGCCCCGAGGCACAAGGCUUCUAACAGUUUGGCCUAUGGGAAAGAAUACUCUUAGCAGCUGGAGUCCAGUAAAUUCGAACACACAAAAUUAGAGCAGCUAAUAAAAGUAUCCAGCUCCCAGUGCUUAAACAAAGAC